UAAACAUUGUUGUUUAGCACAAACGGAACUGGGAAGCACAGUCGCUAUUUUUCCACACCGAAGUUUGUUUAAGUGCGCCGUUAUAACACGCCGACGAGCUGAGCGGGACCUCCGUUGUCAGAGCUGAUAGACUAUUAGAGAGUACAGGGAACAGUCGGCCGCCGUCACAGCUGGACGUCCACCUCUCCGCUCGGUGAACAACAGAUCCAGGGCCUUCGACCCAGACCGCCGAGCCCAGCCCUAGGAGAACCCGGAGGAAGAGCCCAAGCCUGAGGUAAACCCCGAUACAAUGCGCGGCCCUUUGCAGUGCGUGUUGUGGGACGUGAAAGACACGCUGCUUAAGGUGCGCAUGUCGGUGGGUCAGCAGUACUGCAUGGAGGCUCGCAGAGCGGGCCUGGACCUGAAAACAUCUGAGGUGGACGUGGCCUUCCGGCAGGCCUAUCAGCACUGCUCCCGCCGCUACCCCAACUACGGCAUCACACAGGGCAUGGAUGGGCAGUCCUGGUGGAUGAAGGUUGUGCGGGAUACUUUCUCACGGUGCAAGGUUCAAGACCCCACCCUGUUGAACACCAUGGCUCUGAACCUCUACAAUGACUUCUGCAAUCCAGAGAACUGGGAGGUGUUCCCCGACUGCCAGAAGGCUCUGGAGAGCUGCUCCUCUCUGGGCCUGACGCUGGGUGUGGUCUCCAACUUCGACCGGCGCCUGGAGGGCAUCCUACAGGCGUGCGGCCUGCUGACCCACUUCAGCUUCCUGGUGACCUCCGAGGAAGCGGGCGUUGCCAAGCCCGACCCCGCCAUCUUCGAGCAGGCGCUGCAGAGGUGCGGUGUGGCGGCGUCCAACACCGCCCACAUCGGGGACCACUACCUGAUGGACUACCUCAGCUCCCGCUCCCUGGGAAUCCACGGCUAUCUGCUGGACCGCCAGAACAAGUACACAAACUCGGACAUCCCCUCGGAGCACCGCAUCGGCUCGCUGGAUGAGCUGCCUAUGCGGCUGCAGCACUUCAUGGACUAAGCCCCAGGCCCCCGACACUGGGUAAAGUGGGUCUACCGGGUCCAGCCGUGGGUCAAGCUCUCGAUCCCCCUCACAUGCACCCCGAGGCUGACCGUAACAGAUGUGUCGGGUGCUUGGGGUGUCACGCUUUAAACACACCAUCACUGAUUGAUGUAAUUCUUUUUGGGGGGGGAAGUUGUUCUAACUUGAGGCUGUGUAACAGUGGAGAAUCCUGCAUUUCAGCAAUCCAAAUAUAUAAUCCCAUAUAAUGCACCUUAGCAAUACUGUAUAACGAUAUAAAUCAUAUGUAUAUGCAAUAAUCUGAAUAAAAAUCAUUUAUAUUCA